AUGAACCCGUAUGAAGGUCGUGCACAGGACUUGAAGCAAUCACUGCCACUAUAUCCAACUGCUCCGUCUUUUCCUUUGAAGCAAGGUCCGUCCCAGCAUCUGCAGGCCCAAUCAACUUUGUCUUCUGUCCACACCACUUAUCCACAGCAAAACACAAUGCUUACCUUUAACCAACAACCACAGCAGCAUCACCUUAACAACCAAUAUACUCAACGUAUGCCCCCAGGCCCUUCUAUAAAGAAACCAGAGCUUCUUCUUCAAUCAUCGACACCAUUAGCUAACUCCACCAUCAACUCAAGUACUAGCAAUAACAACAGCAACGCUCAAAUGCAUUCAGCAGCAGUAGCAGUAGCACAACAACAGCAACUACUUUUGCAGCAACAGUUGCAGCAUAAGCAACAGCAGCAGCAACAGCAACAACAACAACAGCAGCAGCAGCAGCAGCAGCAACAGCAGCAACAACAACAACAGCAGCAGCAACAGCAGCAACAACAACAACAACAACAACAACAGCAACAGCAGCAUCACACACAGCACCAUCUUCAACAACAUACAGCAUACCAACAACGCCAAUUUGGCAACUUUGAAACACCAAGUCCACCUACACCUUCCCCUUCUCCAGGCAACCACCCAACAAUCCUCAUACCUCAUCCCAAGUUACACCAACUCGACAUGUCCCAAAAUUCACCAAGCGGUGAUCCGGCAUCGUCACCGUCACUGUCAGCAUCAUCACCAACUAGUACCACAUCCAAGAAACGCACGAGAGCCUCAGCUGAACAGCUCGCGAUUUUAGAGGACACAUUCUUGACAAAUCAAUCACCAAACUCCAAGGUGCGUGAGAUCCUCGCCAAGAAAGUCAAGAUGUCUGAGCGGUCUAUUCAGAUUUGGUUCCAGAAUAGGAGGGCGAAGGUCAAGCAGGCACAAAAGCGGUCAGAGCUUGUCCAACAGGAGGCCAUGAAAGCUCAGUAUCUUAGCAGUUGUGCUGCUGCAGGUAUUACGCCCCAACCUUUCUACGGAUUUGGCGCGCCCACUGCAGGAGCCAAAGCCUUCCCGAUGGCGGCACAUCUCCAUCCUUCUGCCACAGCUCGUGCUACUCUUUCGCGAACUAAUAGCUACGAUGCUGCUCGAGCGUCUGCUGUGCAGGCACGUUUUGCGCAGACAGGCCUGGGUAUUAAUGUGCCUGGAGCGGCCAAUGCUGCAUUAUGGAGUGGCCAACUCCCAUACGGAAUGCAACCUCAGAAUCAUCCAGGUUUUGCCUUCCGUCCAAAUGUUCCUCAGGCUAUGGCAGCUGCUCGAGGGGUUAAACGAUCGUUUGACGCCACUAACGGUACCCUCACUCCUGGUGCGGUUCCCAAGGCUCUUCAUUUCCCCGGUGCGGUUGGUGCUGACGGAUUACCUGAAGGCGUUGCCUCGCCUGAUGUGAUGUUUGCCGCCGGUCUGAUGCCUGGUGCGUCUCAAAUUCCUACCAUGCCAACAUUCAAUUGUGACAACCUGGCUAUUGGAACGUGGAGGAGAAUGUCUACACCUAAUACGGAUUUGAGCUGCUUCUACUGUCCUACCACAAGGAUUAUGACGUGGCAGAUCAUUGAUCAUGCUGCUCGUUUCAAGAUGACAUUCCCCCUAAGUGCAAUAUCCCGUAUUGAAUUCUACGAAGUUGAUGCCAUGUAUUCUCAAGUAGACUUUGAUCUGCUUGAAACUCCUCAGUUCUUUAUGGAAACUGUUUCAGAGGACCAGACGCGCGAUUGGAAGAAAUGUAGUGACUUCACAGAAGGCAAACAGGCGACAUUAGUAAUGAGGCACACUAUCCACGGAAUUUCUUCGGCUCUCAAGAUGCAGGUCAUGAGCUUGACAAUCGCAUAUCCCCCAUUGCAGGGCAUCACACACUACCGCGAGACACAGUUCCAAACACAAUUCCACGGAUUCACUGCCCCUAUUCCUCAGAUUUCUCAGUUCUUGGAUCCUUCUCAAUAUGAUCGUCGAUUUGCUGCUACCCCAAUGAAUCCUGGGUCGUAUUUGGGGCUGAAUGACGGUCUAGACUCUGGCGAAGGUUCUGAUAUUGGCGAGGACUUCUAUGAUGGAUCGAAUACUUUCGGGACACCCUUUUCGGCCACUACCAGUGCACUUUUGGAUAUGAAUGCUGACGGUACUCAGCAACCGAGACUCAAGUCGCGCCGAACAGCAAGUAUGCCAACGCCAGCUGUUAACAAUUUCUUGACUACAGGGCUUAACGCAGUACCCUACCACUCCUCGCCCUUAUCAAUGUACUCAACAACUGGCGUAGCCUUGGAGACGUCUACAAGUACGCCAGGACUUUUGCCCACCUCAGCUGCAGCUGCUGUAGCAGCCACAGUGACCCCAGCUGUAGGGGAAUCGCAGACUGCAUUGCCAGCGUCUUCAGUCCCAACCACAUCCACCGCUCCGUCACAGACAGUACAAGUGCCCGCUCCAACAGCGACAGCUUCUACUAUAACUAGCUCCACGGCCGCGGAAACAUCUGCAGCCUCUGUUACCGUCUCUGCGUCAUCCACAGUGACACCGGCACCGGCUGCUACCCUUGCUCCUUCUAUGAUUGCUACUGCUACGACCAUGCCUAAAGUGACCAUCACAACACUAAGCGAUUCAGCCGACAAUGGCGGCGCCGCUACAGAAUCCACUACUAUUGUCCAUGGUGAAAACGAUCAAGAAAAGGACAAAGGGGAGACACAACAGGAGGAGCAAGAAGAAACGAAGCAGACCGAAAAUCAAAUGGGCUUGACUUCUCAGUUCAAUGAAUUUUUAGCACAAGCUGUAGUAUCGACAUCGGCUCAAAUGUCGGCACCCUUCGUUUCAGCAGCUUUCGGAGGUGGUAUGAUGUAUGGUCAUGCGCAUCCUCAAGCCUUCCAGCUGGGAACAUUAGAUGAUGGAUCGGAUAGUGGAUACGAAUUCAAUUCUGGAUACUAUGGCAUGAUGCCCGAGCAGGCCUCGUUCGUCUCCAUGAGUGAUCUGGAAGGAAGCACCGGUCAACAAACAGACGGCGAAGAGAGUUCGUAUGGUCCAUACUAA